GUCAUCUAGCGGAAUAAUUCAAAACUGCAGGGCGUGGCACGGACACAUCACCCCUGUUAGCAAAUGGAACAUCCCACUUCCAAGAUGGUGGCAGUCUAGGUGAACAAGAUCGACCGAACAACAAAUUUUAUUGUUUUAACAUCACAAAUCAGGAUCGGUUUCUCCAUCCUUGCGUCCUGGCCCUGCCAUGUCUGGAAGUCUGAUACGAUCAAUAUCCACAGUAGCCACACCCAUGCAUUCACUCGGAGCCGAGAAGAAGAAGAAAACCUCCGACAAAGAUCCCGGCUCCCCCCUCAAACACUUUGUCACUGCCAAGAAGAGAAUAAAUGGGAUAUUUGAGCAGAUUACGGGAUACAUCGACGAGAGCUCCGAUUUUCUGAAAGUCGCUGAGAACUUCCAAUCAAAUGCGAAGUGCGAUGGCUUGGAGAUCGUUAACGAGAACCACGUUAAUCAGGUGGAGCAGUACAAGGCCAAGGUCGCCGGGAUCGCGCAGGUCAUCUCACGGGACAAGAUGAAGGUCGCAUUCUUUGGCAGAACGAGUAACGGGAAGAGUACGGUCGUGAACGCCAUGUUACGGGAUAAGAUCCUACCCAGCGGGAUCGGACACACCACCAACUGUUUUAUCAACGUGGAGGGCAGCGAUGGGUACGAGGCGUACCUGCUCACACCUGACUCUGACGACAGGAAAACUGUACAGUCUGUCGGCCAGCUGGCCCAUGCGCUGUGUGGAGAGCGUCUUGAGGACAGCAGUAUCCUGGUGAAGGUGUUCUGGCCGAAGGGCAGGUGUGCACUGCUGAGGGACGAUGUGGUGCUGUUAGACAGCCCUGGUAUCGACGUGACCCCUGACCUGGACAGCUGGAUUGACGAACACUGUCUGGACGCCGACGUCUUCGUGUUGGUGGCAAACUCCGAGUCCACGCUCAUGAGAACGGAGAAGAACUUUUUCCACACGGUGAGCGAGCGUCUAUCCAAACCCAACAUCUUCAUCCUUAACAACCGCUGGGACGCUUCGGCCAGCGAACCUGAGUUCAUGGAGGCUGUAAAAAAGCAGCACCUGGAGCGAUGUGUAAGUUUCCUGGUGGAGGAGCUGGGAGUUGUAGACAGACUCCAGGCUGAGGACAGGGUGUUCUUUGUGUCGGCCAAGGAGGCACUGCAGUCUCGCCUGCAGAAACAACAGGGCAUGCCGGAGGAAGGUGGAGCCCUGGCAGAAGGCUUCCAAGCAAGACUGUUUGAGUUUGAAAACUUUGAAAGAAAAUUUGAGGAAACCAUCUCGCACUCGGCGGUGAUGACCAAGUUUGACCAGCAUGCCAAGCGAGGCAAGACGAUCUCCAGCGCUCUCAAGGAGGUGAUGGAAGAUGUCUUCGGCAGGUCAUCUCAGCAGAGAGCCAUCUGUAUCGAGCAGUGCAAGGAGCAGAGCGACCGUCUGGAGGUGACAGAAAAACAGCUGGACCUGAUGACCCAGGAGUGCAAGGACAGGAUCAGGGACAUGACGGAGGAUGUGGAGAAACAGGUCUCCAGCGCGAUGCGGGAGGAAAUCCGCCGGCUGUCGGUGCUGAUGGACGAGUUCAACACCCCGUUCCACCCCAACCCCAUGGUGCUGAAGGUGUACAAGAAGGAGCUGCACACGCACCUGGAGCAGGGGCUGGGGAGGAACCUGGCCACCAGGUGUAUGCCUAACCUCAGCCAGACACUGGAGCUGGUACAGACAGAAAUGACAGAGCGUAUGGAAGCGUUGCUCCCCCCCGAGGUGAGACAACAGUGCAUGGAGCAGUCCGGAGCGGUGCUGGUGCGCAGGGAGCCGUUCGAGGCCAACUUCCACCUGGAUAUCCACAACCUGUGCGCAGACUUCCAGGAGAACAUUGAGUUCCAGUUCUCGCUGGGCUGGCAGGCGCUUGUCCGGAGGUUCCUCGGGCCCAAGACGGCCAAACGGGCGCUCAUGGGAUACGAUGACACGGUGCCGCGACCUUUGCCCCCUGCGGAGGUCGGAGAGGUCGUACUGGCCCCCCACGUGCAGGACCUGAUGGCUCAGGACGCGGAGAUCAUGGCCAGGUUCAUCACCAACCUGGCCUCCAUCUACUCACGAUCGUCUGUGGGGGUCCUCGUCAUCACAGGGGUGAUCUGGAAGGCGGUUGGGUGGCGGCUGAUCGCGGUGACCGGAGGUUUGUACGCGCUGCUCUACCUGUACGAGCGUCUCACCUGGACCAACAAGGCCAAGGAGCGAACCUUCAAGAAACAGUUUGUGGACUACGCCUCCGACAAGCUGCAGCUGGUCGUCAGUUUUACCAGUCAGAACAUCAGCCACCAAGUGCAACAGGAGCUGUCCGGUAACUUUGCCCGGCUGUGUCGCCAGGUGGACGUCGCUAAGGAGGAACUCCAGCGGGAAAUCAGCCAGCUCAACACGGAGAUCGACCAGCUGGAGGAGGUGCAGCAGCGCGCCAAGCUGCUCAGGAACAAGGCAGGAUGGCUGGACAGUGAGCUGAACUCUUUUGUACAACAAUAUCUCCAUGGAGGCAACAUGAGUGGGUAGAGCAACAGUAGCCCUACCGAGCUUUCGUCAAUUGAAACUUGGGGGUGGGCUGCAUGCACACAAGUAAAGUCUAACCUGUAACAGUCUAAGGGGAAGGAAAUGCCUAGCUUUAUCAUGACCCUUUCAUAGGGUUCUUUCGGACACCGAUUCAGCUUGUUUUGAGCCGUUCAAUGAAUUGAAGUCAGCUUUUCAAGCUAUAGUGUGAUUUCUUUGAUGAACUGUUAUUGCAGAAAGACUGUAUCAACCAUAGAAGUGUCUAACUCGUAGCAUCUCAUGUACAUGUAAAUAUGAAUGUAACUUACUAGUUCCAAGGACAGUUACUAUCUAGCAGUCUUUUCUCGGCCUGAUCAGUGAAAAAGAUGAAUUUGCCGAAAAAUUUGCUUGAAAAAUUACUUAUAGCCAACUGAUUGUUGGUUUGAACCUUUGUUUUUUCAUGACAAGCUCAAAACUGCCUGCAUGCUACUUUUCAUUGAAGUCAUGGGGGAAGAUUUAAUGGUAGGUCAAAAUAUAACAAACAUGCAGAUUUUAUGAAUCUGUCAACAUGAAGUAUAUAAUUGUGUAGGAAUGGGCGGUAGUACUACAUCAACAGUGUUACCUAAGAUCAGUUACAUGUAACUUGCUCAUCAUUGGUCAUCCAGCAUUUGUAUUUUGAGAACUUGAGUCGAUUUUGUUUAGUCCAGAAAAGAUUCUGGUAGAGACCAGCAAGAAGCUACCAUAAACAUUGUUGCAAGGACUGACAGGCUUUAGGAUCGCAGUCAUGUACGUUUCUCAUGACAUAAAAAAUAUUAUUUCGCACAGACAUAGUUAAACAAGUGUAUUUGUGAGCCCUGUGCUCUCCUGCUCCAGGCAGUGUUCUGUACAUGUGAUUUGGAGAUGUUGUAAAAGUACAAUGAAUUUGGCCUUUCUGGUGCUGCUGAC